GGAGGAGGAUGCGAGCAGCCGCUGGAUGUCAUGUGUGUGAGGAGAGAUAGCCACGCUGAGAGGGGGAAAGAAAGCUGACUAAUAAAGGAGCUAAUCAAUUAUUAGCCAUUUAAUUUAUUCCUCAAACAGUAACUUAGCCGCUGCAAAAAUAAGCCGCUGUAAAUGGACGCAAAUCCUGUAAAUCAGUUCGCACCAGUCGGCGCCCCGUAAGCUAAAGCGCGUGACUGUGUGUGUGCCUGCGUGGGAAAUCACAUAUCACCGAUCAAUGGAAGUUAACCGAGCCAAACACGCCUUGCUGUCAGUGCGUGGACGUCUGUAGCCUGAGGACACACCGCGGAUGUUAAUUUCGCUGACCUGCAGGCUUUAUCUUCAAAGUCUUUAAGGACAACGAUUUGUGAUUCUAGCGACCUUUGACCCUUGACUCCAAAGCAGUGAUGGGACGUAAACUGGACCUGUCCGGUCUGAGCAAUGAUGAAGCAGAGCAUGUGCUCAGAGUGGUACAGAGAGACAUGCACCUCCGUAAGAAGGAAGAAGAGAGGCUCAGUGAAAUGAAGCAGGAGCUGGAGGAGGAGGGUAGUCGCUGUUUGCUUCUGUCCAAACAGCACAAGUUCAACGAGCACUGCUGCAUCCGCUGCUGCUCUCCCUUUACCUUCCUGCUCAACCCCAAGCGCCCAUGUCUGGACUGCCACUACAACGUCUGCAAAUCCUGCCGCACCUACAGUCAGAGCGAGAGGGGCUAUAUCUGUGCCGCCUGCCAAAAGAGCAGGCUAUUGAGGACACAGUCCCUGGAAUGGUACUACAAUAAUGUGAAGAGUCGGUUUAAGAGAUUUGGCAGUGCCAAGGUGCUGAAGACCCUCUACAGGAAACACAUCAUUGAAAGAGGAGCAUUAUCUGAGUUACCAGAGGUGAGUGCUCCUGAAGGCAGUAAUGAUAAUGGCAGUGUUUGUGAUGGCAGUGACUCCACGCUCUACAGGCAGAGUGAAGGUCACAGCAUGGCAGACACACUCACCGUUGCUCUACGUGUGGCAGAAGAGGCGAUAGAGGAAGCCAUUGCUAAAGCUGAGAGCUACAGAGACAGUCUGGAAAAACAGAAUGAGGCUCGCUAUUUGCGUGACCACAAGGAAGAACUUAUAGAGGAACUUGCCACAACAAUUGUUCAAAAAAUCAUUCAGAGGGGAAAACGGUCUGAGAUUCAGGCUGAGUAUGAGUUUGUAUGGCCUCAGAGUAGUGAGCUUCCUUCCCCUACCUCAACACAAAACACCACAACGCAGCAUUUACACUCCACCUCUCAGCACGGCGCAGUAGCACAGACUGACAUCAGUAAGAAGUCAAGAUCAGCAUUCUCUUUGACAAGUGACGAUUCUCCAGAGAAGGGCCCUAAGGUGGGCAUGGCCCCAGGGGUCCCGGACAGCACUGAACUAGAGACAGAUUUCCAGAACUACUCUUCACUCAGGAGGGAGUCCAGAGCAUCAUCACUUCCUGGGUGGAAGAGUGUUGACCGCCUGGACAACUCUAGUGCGUCUUCAGUCCUGCAAUCCCCUGAUGGUAACUGGAUCGCCCUGCAGAGCUCCCAGCAUUCCCGACCUAGUCUGCUGACCAAGCGCAAGAGUCUUGUUUUCAGCGUGCUGGAGAAAGAAUCAGGCGUUGUGUCCGCGUAUGACGAGAUGGGCUCUGAUUCAGAUCCAGAGGACCAGGGGGGCUGGGGGGCUGCCCUGUUACAGUUUCGCAGACGUCUCUCCGAUGAAACGUACUAUACUGACUCUCAACACGACCCUGAAUGGACAUACACCCAACACCCACCCAUUACCUCACCUUCCUCAGGUCAGUAUACCAACACUGAGACUCUGAACUCAGACUCGGAGACGUCUCCCGCCGCGUCCACUCGAGCUCGCAGACCAGCCCAUGGUAUGACACAGAAGAAGAAAGGGCCGUCUGAAACACACCUGUAUCCACCCUACAGACAUCCCACAAACAGUGCCACUUCGCCUCUACUGAGGCCAGAUCUGCUGGAUGUGAACUUUAACCCCCAUCUGGGAGGGGACAGUAGUGACGGGGAGGAGCAUAGCGAGCAAGUCAAAAGAUUACGGAGGCGCAGAAAGAGCAAACGCGAGACAUCAGAGCACAGCCGAGCACAUAAUGCGCUUUACAGUGAUGCCACAGCGGAGAACAGUGCCGUACUCCUCAACGCCAUGAUGAUGCGCCGGCAACAGAGCCAGGAGAGCCCAGUCCCUCUGAAUUACCAGACUCCAGACACUGUGACCCCUCCUGACCUUUUGACCUCUGAUGCCAUGACCCCUGAACCUGACUAUCAGAACACAGUGGCUCACAACUCUAGUGCCGCUAGCCCACCAAUGCUGAGCCAAUCGGGGGCCAGCAUGCUAGAGUUAAGCAUUCAGGGCCCUUUGCUCAGGGGCUCCUCUGUCAAUGGAACCCUGGAGCAGGAACUGAAAUCCAGACUCUGUGAGCUGGUUGGCCAAGUCAACGAGAGGGAUGUGAUGUUAUCUGAUUUUGAGCCAAUCAGGGAAGUGGGUGACAAGCAAGAGGACCAAUUAAGGGAGAAAGAAAGUGAGAAACUGAGACCAAAGGAGAGACGUGAGAGCAAACGAGACAAGAGGGAAGGAAAGUCAAAAGACACUGGGAAUCCGGGUGAAAGACAAACAGUUAGAGAGAUGGACACAAGUGGUGCAGUAAGACAGAUAAAUAUAGAGAGAGAAAUGAAGAGAGAUAGAGAGCAACAGAAAGAAACUGAAAGACAAGUAGAGCGAGAGAGAGAGAGUCAAAGAGAGCUAGAGAAACAAAUCGAGAGGGAUAGAGAAAGACAACAAAAGAUUGAGAUCCAGGUUGAAAGGAAACAGGAUAGACAGAGAGAAAUGGAAAUACAGCUGAAACAAGAGCAAGAGAGACAAUCAGAGAUUGAGCGAGAGAUAGAAAAGAAAAGGAAAAGCAUACGCAUGGAAAAAGAGAAAUUAGAGUCUAUAGUGAGUAUGGAAUCCAAGGAGGAAGAAAAACAGGAAUCUUCAGGUAGAAUGUUGGAGCGAAAUAAGAGUUUGAAGGAAGACUAUGAAACAGAGAAGCCCAAUGAGGAAAAGGUGAAGAGAAUAUCGCCACAAAAAAGCCAUUCAGAGACAGGGUCAGAAAAACAAGAACAACCUGAGACAAAGACAACAAGGUCUUCAACCACGUCUCCAGACAGUGCCCACUGUGGUAUGGAGGAGCCUAUGUCUCCAUCAGAGAAGUACUCCGCUGCAUCUUUAUGCAGCAUCACCACAGAGGUUCUGAAGGUUCUGAAUGCCACAGAAGAAUUACUUGGAGAGGCAGAAGGCAAAGGUCAUGACUCUUCUCCGGCUAGCACACCCAUGUCUUCAGGCCCGGACAACAGGAAGCUGGAUCAGCACCUCACUAAACUGGAGGAAAAUGUGUAUUUGGCUGCAGGUGCUGUGUACAGUCUAGAGGGGGCGCUGAGUGACUUAGAAGACUGUGCUCGCAGCAUCAGCAGCUCCACCACAGAGACUGAACUGGCCUUCCUAGAAGAUCAGGUGGCCACUGCUGCUGCCCAGGUGCAGCAGUCCGAGCUCCAGAUCUCAGAUAUUGAGGCAAGAAUAUCAGCCCUCAAAACAGCAGGUCUAAAUGUAUCUGCAUGCACACGGUUUUCCAAGUACAAAUCUAAACCUAUGCCCCAGACGCUGGACUCGUCUCGCCAUCAGAGGAGAAAGCUACCUGCUCCUCCUAUCAGAAGUCUGUCAUCAGAAAAGGAAGUUAAAUCCGAGCCACAGAUGAGAUCUGUGAGGCUGUAACAAGAGGCCAUGUGACCUCGGUGAUUCUCAGAUAAGCUGAAUGGCUCAAUAUCACUCUGCAGUGAAUGCUAGGACCAUCAGGCUGUUCCACACCAGUGCCUUGAUCCAACUUCCGGUCCUCCAAUUUGAUCAGCCCUAAUGCUACUUGUCCACCCGUAAGCCUGAUCACAACCCAUGUAGGGUUGAGCUCACUUCUGACCCCUAGGACUCUACCAAAACCUGGAGCUCAUCACCUCCAGUAACCAGGGGACCCGAUUCUCUCUCUCUCUCUCUCUCUCUCUCUCUCUCUCUCUCUCUCUCUCUCUCUCUCUCUCUUGCUCUCUCUCGCUCUCUCUCUCUUGCUCUCUGCCUUAAUGGAGAUCAGACUCCUGCAACAAACCAUCACAGAGGGUUAUAAUUGUAGAUUUAAACUCAUGUAAUUACUGUAUGUGUAAGAUAGAUGGACAGUGGUAAAUGUUAACAAUCUAGAACAUCACCUCAUUCUCUUUUUCUAAUGUUUUACUGAGUGUUGUACAUGUUUGAAUUUGUAUGCUGUAUGUCGGCAAUGUGACUGGGAUGACUAGUGUGACCUGUUUUAUUUUAUUUUUUUGAUUGCGAAACUGGAGCACAUUCGGUAAAAAAAUUUAAAUGUAUGAAAUGUCUAUGUGAAAGUAAACUAAAUACCUGCAGGACCUGUUGUAUUGGCAUUGUCAUGUUUCUGUUAUUCUCAUACGUGUCGCAAAUAUCUCAGGAUUCUUUUUCCAAUGGUCAUUUUUGGAAUUUUCUUUAAUGCGCUGUACUCAAAAUUGCAUAUAAAAUAACUGUGAAAUUCAUGAUUUAGUUUAAAAAAAACAAGUGCCAUUGAAAAGCACUCGACUACCUUGCCAUGUAAUGAGUUUGUGAGUGUGUUUGCAUGAAUCGUAACCCCGCUGUGUAUUCAUACUUGUCUUCUAAUCAGCCUCAGAUAUCCAGUGACCUCUUGAAUUUGAACAUCAAAUCAUUGUCAUCUCAGUAUGAAGCACUCUGGUAAUUUAGGUUGUGGCCUUUGUUGACUUCUAAUUCUUCUUUUAUUAAUUAUCGUCUUUUAUUAAUCUGAAACACCCAGUUGUUUUUCUCAGAGCGCUGCUUGAGUAUUACAGUCCACCUAGAUAUCCACCUGGAUGUACACCCUUAAAAUGCUACUUUUGGACAUUCAGUCUACAUCUAAAUUCAAUCUAAAACAAUCUGUAAUGUUUCUGUAAAAAUCCAUUAAAAAAAUAAUAAUAAUAAUAAUAAUGCAUUGUGUUGUAUUUUAAGUUUUUAAGGUAAUUUUUGUAAAUGUAAUGGAAAAGAUACUGGUCAUUUCAUUCCAGGAUUUUUUUUUUUUUUUUUUUUUUUUUAGAAUUUUUCUUUGUUUGUUGUGCUAGUUGGCAAGGAAAACUGUACCACAGUGCAAAUGAUCCUAAAUUUGACACUGGGGAAGAUUUUAAGAGCAACUGUGAGCUGUGAGCAUCCAUUAGAAAUCUGACAAGAAUAACUGAGUUGUCCUCAUUUUGAGCAUUUUAUUAAACAGGGAUCUCCACCUCUUCAUGCAGAAUUACAGCUGUGACAUCAAAUACUGCGUCAUAUUGUCUUAGCAAGUGACUAAGAUGACGUCUGUGCUGGACAAUGUGUGUUCAGACACAAAAUCACCCUUUUAGCUAACAGAAAUGACAAAAGCCUGAAUGAUGUUUAGUUAACUUAUUAAUAUAUUCCAUGGAAUGUCCAUUUUUGAGCCAACAGAAAAAAAACUGACAUGAAAUAUACAAUUGCACCCCAUACUCAUCCUAUAAUCAUCCCCUAUCAUUCACGCUCUCAAACGGGUCCUGCUCCUUGUUGUUGUCUAUGGAAAUGUUUGUGUAUAAAAGCAUGUAUCACGUUUUCUAAUAGAUGUGAAAAAAAUCCCAUGAAAAGCACAGUCAAGAAAUUAAAAAUGUCUUACAAUGUCAUGUAUUUUUUUCUAUUUGGAAAAAAAAAACGAAUGCAUAUUUACAUAUGAAUGAAGUACAAAAAGACAAGAGACGGAUAUGAAAUACCGUAGGCUCUUUAAGUGUAUUUUGGGUUUGUUGUGACCGCAAGGGCAUUAGUCUGCCUCUUUUCAGAAAGUCCUCGGCGUAUUUUAACCAUAAAGUGUCUACGGGGGAAAAGAAAAUAUUCUGUAG